ACUCAAUGGCGUCGCUAUCCCGAUAUAGUUCCUCUCCCAGGAAUAUAUCUCCAGCCCUGUUUGUUGUGAGCCAUGACACCUUUAUCAAAGGGUCUGCCCCUAAUCCUGGAAAAUCAGCAGAAUUGACUUUACAACCAUCUGCCCCCCUACCUACAGACGACACUGCUCCUCCACCCGCAAAGGUUUCAAAACAUGAUCCUGAACUAUCAAAGACUAUAAAACCAGAACCAUUUUCAGUAAAGACUUCUGAACCUAAGCCAUCUGCUACAAAGGUUUUGGAUACCAAAAAUUCUUUACCAAAGAUUUCUGAACCUAAACCUUAUGCAUCAAAGGUAUUGGAAUCUAAACAUUCUGUACCAAAGAUUUCUGAACCUAAAAUAUCAGCAGCCAAGAUUUCUGAACCUAUGACUGUACCAAAGGCUGCUGAAGCUAAACCUUUUGUAUCAACGGUUUCAGAAACUAAACCAACUGGGUCAAAGGUUUCAGAAUUAAAAACAUCAGCAGCCAAGACUUUGGAACCUAUGGCUUCUUUGCCAAAGACUUCUGAACCCAAGCCUUCCUUAAGUAAAGUGGCUGAACCUAAGCAAUCUAAGCCAAAGCACAUAGAGUCUCCAAACAACAUGUCUGAUAUUAAAGCCAAACAAUUUAUUCCCAAUGAUGCAAAACCUUCAAACGUCAUUCUCCCUGCUUUGAAAAUCACAAAAUCUAAUUCCUCUGCUUCAAAAGGUGCUGAUGAAAAUACCAACAUAUCGCAACCUCCUGCAAAAACUUUACCUCCCACAAAAGAGAGUUUGUCUUCAACUGCAAGUGUUGAGGAAAUAUUGAUUCCUAGUAUGCAAAUUGAGUCACCUACCCCUCCAGUUAUUAGAAGCGCCCUGAAGCCUAAUACACCAUUAAUGUCUGCAAAUGAGCAAAAACGCGUGGGUCAGCAUAAAAUAGACAGCUGUGAUGAACCCCAGCCAAAAACAUCCAAAUUUGAAAAUGAUGAACUUGAAAAUAUUAGCAUUGAGGACAGAUUUCCAGAACAAGAUGAAAAAAACACCCAAUUAAAAUUCAAGAGACGACAAAGCAAGAAAAUUCAACCCCGGAAGGAUUUGGACACAUCUCUGAUGGAAACUGAAUCAAGGGUGGAGCCUGAUAUUGAGCUAGCUGAUGAGUUAACUAAUCUUGAAAAUAAAAAUCUAACUGAAAAGGAAAGACAUGUGAUCACUGAAGUGCUUACAAGUCGAAGAUCAAGAUCAAGAUCCAACUCAAGGAUGAGUGUCAGUCCAAUACCCGCUGACCUAAACGAUGAUGGACACCUGUCUGAGUUGCCUACUCAUUCUGAACAAAAGCAUGACAUAUUAGCUUGUAGAGAUGUCAGCCUACAGAGAAGUUCUGAGCUUGAAUUUCAAGAAGUUAAAAUUGAAGAUAAAACUAUUCUCCAGUCUGCAUCAGGACAAGAAUCACCUCCGCGUUCAAAACAGGAAAAGGAUAAAAUGAAUGAAAAGAAGAAGAACAAUGUACUUAAAUCUGAAAACAUCAAAUCAAUGUUAACAAACCAGAAUGAUGAGGUUAAACAAAUGGAGGUAGGGGAGAGUCUGAAGGUAGAAAUUACAAACCAAGUAGGUAAAUCUGAUAAUCACGCAGAAGCCACUAAAUCUAGCUUGAACCACGCAAUGCCACCAACUAUAAAUGUUACUGAAAUGAAUGCAAGCCCAGAGGUGCAGUUUAAAGCAGAAAAAAAGAAGGGAAAUGAAGAUAUAGAACCAAUCUUAAAACCUGUUGUGGCAAUUCCAGACUUUGUAGAAAACAUUGCAGAUCUGACGGUUGAGCAACUGAAGGAACAUCUUGAAAAAGAGGAGUUAACUAAUGAAGCUCUCAAAAAAGAUCUUAAAGCAAUGAAAAAAGAAGUGGAAAUUAUUGAGAAUAUUGUUAAAAAGACAAUUAAAGAGGAAUUCUUAUCAAAAAAGAAACUCGAAGCUGGGGGUUCAAAAAAUAUAAAUGAACAAAGAUCAGUUUCUCCUGAGGCAUCUGGAAAUAAUUCACAUAAAAAGGUUGACGGCAAAUUUAUCCAGACCAAUCUUGCAUCAUUUACAAAAGUGCAUGAACAAGAAAAAUCCGCAGAAAGUAAACAUCCUAAAAAUAGUCAUGACACAAAAUUACAAAAUUCUUCAAAAUCCGGGCAAAAUGCGGGAAAAAUAAUUGAAGAAAAUGUGGGAAGAUGUUCCCAGGUACAGAAAGAUUCUGUCAACUCACAACUCAAGCACGACAGAAAUGUUACAAAUUCAGAUAAACAGCGAUAUGAGCAGGGAGGGCCUAGAAGUAGGCAGGCUGAUAAAAUGGAACAAAUUCAGCAGUUUUUAAAGGAUCCUCAAAAUCCCAGGGAAAAAGUUGAAAUCAAAGUUCGUCUGAAAAAUUCAGGUUCAGAAAUGAUUGAAGUUGCUCCAGGCUUGCUAGUAAUCUCUGGCUCCAGUCUAACCCUAGAAAACCUGGCGAAGUUUGACCUCGUUCUCGUCUCUGCGGCCUCUAAUAGGUUGGGCAGAAUACCUUCAGCCUCAAACCUUGUUGAGAUAAAAUCUGGGAAUGAGAUAUGUGAGGUUGCGCAAGCAUUGGAUAAAUAUGGACAGGGUGCAGGUAGAAUACUGGUUUGCGGAGAGGGAGGUGACCCACCAGCUAUAGCAGCUGCCAUUCUUAGCAGGAGGAACAGGGUUUCCUUGCAGGCUGGAGCUGAUAUAAUUAGAAAAGGAAACCCUGGUAUCAAGAUAAACCAGGCUCUAAUUCUCAGGUGUGAUACAGUAAGACGCAGAAAACAUGAUACAGAGAUAUGAAAACAACUGUUAAAU